GCUUGAAGCACGUGAUCUUGUGCUCAGCAGCUUCCUUAUAUCGUGAACAUAAUGUUUGUUUACACUGGACUAGAGCAUGUUAUGCGUUAACUGCCAUCUGUAGAGAAAUGUUUCUGUCAGCCGUCAGAUGAUUUCUUUCUCGUCCCGGGUGUAUCAGGGUGUAUAAUGAAAUCCCUUCUAUGGAUCCUGUGCACUCUUGGCCUGCUUCCCUGUACUAAUGCACAGAGUGGUACAAAACCUAAUUUUGUCUUUAUGUUGGUGGAUGAUUUGGGAAUUGGAGACCUUGGAUGCUACGGAAACACAACCCUCAGGACGCCUAACAUUGACAGACUAGCCCUGGAAGGGGUGAAACUGACCCAACACAUAGCUGCUGCGCCGCUCUGCACUCCCAGCAGGGCAGCCUUCCUCACAGGCAGAUACCCUAUCCGAUCAGGUAUGGCAGCACAAGGCCGUAUGGGAGUUUUUCUCUUUUCUGCAUCAUCAGGAGGCCUUCCACAAGAGGAAAUCAGCUUUGCGAAGGCUGUCAAAGGGCAAGGCUAUUCCACUGCUGUAAUUGGGAAAUGGCACCUGGGUCUCAACUGUGAAGACAGUGCCGACUACUGCCACCAUCCUAAAUCUCAUGGCUUUGACUACUUCUAUGGCACUAUUAUGACGCACCUUCGGGACUGCCAGCCUGGACAUGGCUCUGUCUUGCAUCACGUCCAUGAUCACAUUCCAUAUAAAGCCCUUGGUAUUGGUCUAGUUUCCCUGGUGUUACUCCAUAUUAAAGGGACAAUAACUGUGACCAGGAAGGUAGUUUUUGGUUUUCUGGUCCUGGUAGGGGUAUUGGUGAGUGUCUUUGGUGCGGUGUUAUACACAUUCCCCAAUCUAAAUUGCUUUGUCAUGCGAGGGACGGAGAUUGUUGAGCAACCAUAUACAUCAGAGAACCUCACUCAAAGGAUGACCAGUGAAGCCAUAGAGUAUCUGGAAAGGAAUUCAGAGAGGCCUUUCUUGCUCUUCUUCUCAUUCAUUCAAGUCCACACUGGACUUUUUGCCUCUCCUCUCUUCAGGGGGAAAAGCCAGCAUGGCCUCUAUGGUGAUGCAGUCAUGGAGGUAGACUGGAGUGUAGGUCAAAUCAUGCAGACCCUGGAGCGCUUAAACUUGAAGCAAAAUACUCUGGUGUACAUGACUUCAGAUCAGGGGCCUCACCUGGAAGAGAUUUCCAUCCACGGAGAAAUGCACGGGGGUUAUAACAGCAUAUACAAAGCUGGCAAGUCGACCAAUUGGGAAGGUGGGAUUCGGAUACCAGGGAUUCUUCAUUGGCCAGGUGUCUUGCCUGCCGGGAAGGUCAUUGAUGAGCCCACUAGCAACAUGGAUAUUUUCCCCACGGUGCUGAAUUUAGCUGGUGCUUUCAUACCCAGUGACAGAGUCAUUGAUGGCCAUGAUCUCUUGCCUCUGCUGCAAGGGCAAGUGGAGCGUUCUGAACAUGAAUUCAUGUUUCAUUACUGCAAUGCCGAACUGAAUGCUGUCCGAUGGCACCCGCCUAACAGUAGUGCAAUCUGGAAGGCCUUUUUCUUUACACCUGACUUCUACCCAGAGAACAGCUCUGCGUGCUUCCACACUCAUAUCUGCUUCUGCAUCAAGCCAUUUAUCACGUUCCAUGACCCUCCGCUGCUUUAUGACCUGUCGAGAGACCCGUCAGAAAGCACCCCCCUAAGUCCAGACACUGAGCCCCAGUUCUACUCAGUUCUAGAGGUCAUAAGGGCAGCAGUAAGCCGUCAUACACAGAGUCUGAAGCCCGUCCCAAUACAGCUUUCCCCUCUCCAAAUGAUAUGGAAGCCCUGGCUCCAGCCCUGCUGCUCUUCUCUCAGUCAGCUUUGCAGAUGUGAACGAGAUCAUCAGAUAGAGAAGCUACGACAUGAGCUUCAAGAAGAAUAGUCCGGUACUCAAAAUCUUACACUUUAAUGCAUAAGAAGGGCAUGUAAUACUUAAAGGGAUAGUUCGCUCAAAAAUGAAAAUUACCAUCAUUUACUCAACCUCAUGUUGCUCAAAGCUUUCUUCUGCGGAACACAAAAAAAGAUCAUUUGAAGAAAUAACCAAACAGUUUUGCUAACCAUUGACUUUCCACAGAAAAAAAGAAAAUCAAGCAUUUGGUUUGAAAUGAGGGGGUGAGGAAAUGGUGACACAAUUUUCAUUUUGGAGUGAACUAUCUGUGACUUUAACUUAAAUAGGUCACUUGAAGGAGCAGUCCCAUUUAAUGUUGUUCACCAAAUUUUCACUGGCGAAAUGCAGUUAUUUCAAUAAGAAUAUGAAAGAUUUCACAACAGGUUUAAGUUAGUCAUGUGGAUUCGCCACGCUUACCAAGUGGUUUGAAAGUGAUAUAACGACAGUAGUGACGAAAUGGAAAUUUAGCUGAAAUUUCGCUAACGUGAUCACACCUUAAUAGGCUAAAUGUGCAACUUCACUGUAAACAAUGUAAAAAACCAUAAAGGCCCCGAUAUACUUCAAGUGAAAUCAAAGAACGAGGUCAAAAUGGAAUUUUUUUCUGGAGUACGGCUUGCCAAAGAGAACUUUACAGAAUAGUUUGCUCUGGAUAAUAAACACUUCAAACUACCAUUGGUCCGUGGUGAAUAUGUAAUAGGUGUGAGCUGAGGCUCUGCUUUCUUUGACAUGAAAAUCUUCUUUGGUUCAUUUUUUUUUUUUUUCCGUUCUGUCCGUCAAGGUGAGACACAAGUAAAACAUGAACACAAACACAUUGAAAAGAUGCUUCAUAGUAGAAAUUGAAAUGGAUCUUCUAGUUAAAAGCGACACUGACACUGAUUUUCAUUUUUAAUACUGUAAAGCUGAAUGCUUUGAAGCAGUCUAUUGUGUAAAGUGCUAUAUAAAUGAACGUGACGUGAAGUGACUUGGAGUGCCGCAUUGCAAAGCUGGUGCAAACAUAUCCAGUUCGCUAUGAUCAAACGAUUUCCUAACUGUUUUUUUUCUCACUGUCGUUUUUGUUGUUUAUUUUGUUAUUGAGAGGUAAACGCACAGCACAUAUUAACAUAUCUAAAUGCUACUCACAGCAGCGCGGGCAGAGUCGGGAUGUUCACUAACAUUAUAUUGCUGCAAAGGUUUUUCGAAUAUCUUUUUACCCCUAAACGAAAAAUAAUUUAUUUAUUGGGGCCUUGGUAUUCUACUGAGGUUUUAAAGAAAGAGAAGAAAAGGAAGGCAAAAUAAUUCUGCACACAUUUUGUGCAGCCAGAUUUGUAUCACAAGAUCUAAGAUCUAAGGUCAUUUGUGGCAAGGGUGUUGGUAAGCGAAGCCAGAUUCUCUGUUCUGAGUUCUGUAUUCCUCCUAGUUUGGAGAUGCAUCAUCCCGAUUCAACAGCACAAGGUCAGGGAUUUUGUGAAGCUGUAAUUACUACCUUUAUGCUCGUAAGCUUUGAUCUAGCCUGCUACCGGUAACGACUCAUACCCAUAAUGCCUCUUACAGGCUUUGGUGCUCUGAUGGUUUUUAUAGUAUUUUUGGUAUCCAAUAUGUUUUGCUUAUUUUUGUGACUAAUCAGGCUGCGCUGGAUGGUUUGCCAGCCUUAAGAGGCUCUCCACGCUCUCAACAUCAUGUUCAUUACACUAAUCUCAUCACAUUUAAAAAUGGUCUGUAUCAGGGAAUAAAAAGAUGUUUUGCCUAA